UGUAAAAUGAAACUUCUCCUAAAAUAACGUGUCAGCCAGCAAUUUUUGUUGUUACGUGCAGUUGAAUAAUUUUACUACAAAUUUAGUUAAAUUAAGUGUUAGUUUUUAAAUUUCAAGGAGAACAUAUUAUAAUUAAUUAAAUAAAGGGAGUGUUCAUUAUUGAUCCCCGUCAUGAAUUUUAAAUCUAUAAGCCCCCUAACGACCGAAUACGAUAAUGGUCGCACAACUACCAGUCAGAUUUCUCUAUUACCGACAAUGAGUUUACAUUCCAUCACAGAAUAUUUGGAUGACCUUAAAAUGUCCAGAAGGAGGGGUCGCGAUUAUGACCACGUAGAUUACACAAAGUUAGCACCUACUGAUAAGGACAAUGGGUUUAUAGAUGCACAGUUUAUUACACCUGCCCAUGGAAAUAUACCAUGGAAGGCUAUUUGUUUGGCUUCUAUGUUACUAGUCGUGGGCACAUUUUUACUCAUUUUUGGGUCGUUGGUUGUUAGUGGCCACAUAAUACUAAACUAUUCAGACAGAAUGUGGCCAAUGAUUAUUCUGGGGUUACUGAUGUUUAUCCCAGGGGCGUACCAUGUACGAAUUGCCUAUUAUGCAUACAAGCAAGUGCCUGGCUAUUCUUUUGACGAUAUUCCUGAAUUUGAUUAGUGAUUUAUUUGAAAUGAGGGAAAUCAUGUAGCCAAAAACAGUAUUAUGGUACUAAAGAGAAUAGAUUUGUGUACCUGAGUUGACUAGGAAAAAACAUAGGUAAAGACUAAGCAAUCAGCUUUGCAAGUUAAUGUGCCUUUCUCUUGUCGUUAAUUAUAUUAUUAAUAAAUGUGCCCUUGAAUCAAUGUACUUUCUAAAAAUUUGUUAAUGUUACAACCUAAAUAUUUGAAAUAAAUGUUUAUCUAUUUAACUAUUCA